AUGACUACCACUACCGUAUCCCUCCACGGCCUCACCGACACCCUCAGCCCCGAGCAGGAGAAGUUCCGCCCGGCUUUUGAGGCGGCCGUUAUUGCUUUCCGCGAGGCCGAGAACGUUUUCGGGGACCCGAAAUUUGAGCUUCGCGACGGCUGGCACAAGGACGAGUCGAACGACCAGGGCGACGUUGUCUACGCCAAGAAAAUGCACGAUGGCCCGAAUAUGGUCACUGUUCAGUCCCUCAUCUGCGGCUCGGCCGACGACAUCAUGAAGGACAUCUGGACCCAGCCGGAGAACCUUCCCCAAUGGAACUCCAGCAUCGACUUCUCCCACAUUGUCGCUACACUUACCGACAAUAUCGAUAUUUUGAACUACUCCAACAAGGACGUGCUCGUCGUUGAGGGCCGUGAAUUCGUCGUGGCUCGCAUCUACCGCAAGAUCGGCGACGGGUACAUCAUGGCGGCCCGUAGCGUCGACCUGGAUUCCGUCAAAGAGCAAAAGGGCAAAGUUCGCGGCUUCGUCCACCUCUGUGCUUGCCGAAUCCGUCCCCAUCCGUCCGACCCGAAGAACAAGUCGAUUGUCGACUGUGUGAACCAUACUGAUCUCAAGGGUAAUAUCCCUGACCUGCUCGUCAACCAGUUUGUCGGCAAAAUGGCGCUGAUGGAGUGCAACGAGAACAAGCGUCACUUCGAGAUCCUGAAGGGAAAGCACGAGUGCUGCAAGCAGCAACAGCAGCAGUGCGUC